GUUUUAGAGACUCUGUGUUAAUUGUCAGUGACUAGUUGACAUUUGGCGAUUCUCGUUUCUCUCACGUCUUUUUAUGUUGACAGGUGAACUUUAAAAUACGCGAGCCGACAAAAAUAAACGAAAAUGUCGCUCGUCAUCCCUGAUAAGUUUCAACAUAUUCUUCGUAUUAUGAAUACGAACAUCGAUGGAAAACGUAAAGUUAUGUUUGCCAUGACCGCUAUCAAGGGAGUCGGUCGCAGAUAUUCCAACAUUGUAUUGAAAAAAGCUGAUAUCGACCUGGACAAGCGUGCUGGAGAAUGCACAGAAGAAGAGGUUGAAAAAAUCAUCACCAUUAUGUCAAACCCCAGGCAGUACAAAAUCCCUGACUGGUUCUUAAAUAGACAAAAAGACAUUGUUGAUGGUAAAUACAGCCAGCUUACUUCAUCCAACUUGGACUCAAAACUCCGUGAAGAUUUGGAGAGACUAAAGAAGAUCCGUGCUCACAGAGGUAUGCGUCACUACUGGGGUCUGCGUGUACGUGGUCAGCACACCAAGACAACUGGCAGACGAGGAAGAACUGUGGGUGUAUCUAAGAAGAAGUAAACAUCAAUAAAAUAAUUUCUGUAAUUACAA